AUUCCUUCUAGUGCCUAAUUAGUAGGUAGUGUCCCGCCCGUGAUGAAAAUAUACAUCUGCUACUGCUCAAUAGUAAGCGCAACUACGAUGAGUUCUCAUUUAAAUCAUGCUAAAGGUGAGACAAGUCGUAUUGAUAAAGAUGGCGCUUAGAUGAAUUUCUUCAUGUUUCACAAUGCCAGCAUACACCUAUCAGAUAGCGCCAACACACGCCUCAUGUCGGCGCCUAGGUGAUCAUAGUCUGUCGCAGCCUCGUCGGGCGCCUAUCUACCCCUAUGUUCAGAUAUAAGGAGAAAACGAUGCAAUAAAUCAAAAAUAUCGCCCUUUGCUCUUUUCCAGAUGUAAACUGAAUCUAUUGAUUGUUACUGUCCUGAUAUGCGCAGUAUGACGAAGCGAAAAGCCUCUUCCGAGCCCCCAUCGUCAGAGUCCACCAGAAAACGACCCAGGAGAGAUAUAAAACUGUCGGAUGAAGACCCCACAAUACUAUUGAAUGAACUUGAUUCCGACUCCGCGUCCGAGUCCGAGAACAUCCCGGAAAUAUGCCCCGAAGACAUCACAGUCGCCAUAUUCUGCGCGCUUUCAUACGAGGCCGUCGCCGUGAAGUACAGUCUCGAUGAAGAAUAUGCCUGUCGUCCGAGCUCCAUAGGGCCGCAGAAAUAUGUCUACUCUUAUGGUCGGAUUAAACAUCACAAUGUUGUGAUAACGCGACCGCAUUAUAUGGGUACUGUACAGGCUGCUCAUUGCGCAAGUGCUGUUCGGCAGCAGUUUCCAAAUAUGCAGUUCGCUAUAACAGUGGGGACUGGAUCUGCAAUUUCCGCUGCAUCGUCGAGCGAUAUUCGGCUUGGAGAUGUGGCAGUUGGUAUUCCGCGAGACAAUCAUCCCGGAGUCAUUCAAUAUGAUUUCGGAAAGUAUGAGCAAGAUGGAUUCACCUUGAAAGGCUGCCUUAGCAAACCACCUGGGAUUCUGAUCAGCGCGGAUGGCUCAUUAGAAGAGGAUGAGGAAAUGGGGAAAAGUCGACUCAAAAAGUUCCUCAAGCGUAUAACUCGAAAGUCACGUUGGGGACAGCCUAUGACAUAUGAUGCUUCUUUGAAUGACAGGUUGGAUCGCAUGGAUGAAAAAGUCAGAGAUAACCAAAGUGAGUCAACUAUCGACAGUGAGCAACUAUGUUCUUGGCGAAGCCCUGUGGUACACCGCGGUCUUAUUCUCUCCGGAAACGGGGUAGUGAAUAACCUUCGGGAUUCCCAGAUCUUCCGUCGAGGCUACAAAAAUUCUAUAUGCUUUGAAACUGAAAGCGCUGGGAUCAUGGACGAGAUCCCGUGCCUAGUCGUACGAGGCAUAUGCGACUACGCAGACACACAUAAGCAAGAGGGAUGGCAUCGUUACGCAUCUGCAGUAGCUGCGGCUUACUGCAAAGCCGUGCUCUACAAGGUCCCUGAGCAGAUAACGGAGGAUACGAAGGCAGUAAGAAUAUUAGCAGAGACAGUGCAACAGCUUUCAAACCAACUAAAAUAUAUCUACGAGAGAGUUCAUGAUCUGGAACAGUCUUCUAACAAAAGUCAUCCUAAAUAUAAACAGAGUGAUAAUAGCAUCCGCGAGAUAACGCAAGUCAAGAAAGAACUUUUGGAAGAGGAGGAUAGAUCACGGGAGGAAAACAAGACAACUCGCCAGUACAACUUCCAUGCUCCGGUCGUUUUUUGUGAAAAUGCUACGUCACAGGAACAGAUGAAUACAUAAGGAAG